AUGAACGAAGAAGGAGUCGAUGAGAGCCUCUCAAUUCAGGAAGUGGUAGAUACAUGUCCUUCCGAGUUCCUCAAUAAGAGAAGAGUACUCGUCGAUGUAGAUCGAUAUGCAGAAUGGUUUCUGGUUGAGGGGACAGUGAGUGCUCCAUAUCGUCCCCUCACACAGAUUGUACCCCCUUUUCCUCUAUACAAAACUCAGCGUGGUCGAAGGUUUAUCCCACGUGUCUGCAAAGUCUUUAAGCGUGGACGGACUCCGUCAGAACACGAAGAAUUUAUCGAAUCUCUGAAAAGAUGUAUGAGUGAUGAGCUGGGCCCUAUCUGCGUGAGAGUGAGCUGCGAUGAUGAUUUUGUGAGGCUGACAAAAGCUGGAAUGCUGUACAACAAUCCUCCUACUAGAAGAGGUUACUAUCACAUGAUGUUGGCCGUUCUCUGGGGGACGGUGGAUGGUAUGGAUGUUCUAAAGUGUCAGGACUCUCAGGGAGAAAUCGUAAACGUUAAUGGUGAACUGGUUAGUGUGGGUGGUUAUGUGCAUGUCGCGAUGAGUAUUGUGAACCUUUUCAUGUUGAUCAGGGUUUAA